CACAGGGCCAGUCGAGCUGCCGCGGUCAGUGCGAGGCCAGGCAACCAGGAGGGAAGACGUGCGUGCGUGCGUGAGUGCGCGCUCUUCACUUCCACCAACUUCCUACAGCAGCCGUCGCUCUUCAGUGUUUGUUGAGAAGGCAGAAAAAAAAGUGCUUCAGUUCUCAAGAGGAAAACUUCCAUCACGCACUGACACACGCGAGGGAGGAAAAAAAGUGAUACAGAAAAGAAAAUACGUUUUAAUAUUCAGUGAGGAGGGAAAAUAGUGAGGCUUGAAGUGUUGUGAGGCCCCAGCAUGAGCGAGAGGCUGCCGCGGCGGCCAGGAGCAGUGCGCUAGCCAGCCACCCAGAGCCAGCACGCCCCAGGAGAGGAGCGAGAUGCAGGCGGCGCUGACGGUGGUGACGACGGCGGUCCUCCUGCUGGGAACUCCUGGACAGAGCGGCGCCUCGGCAGAUGGCCCGCCUGUGCUGCGGGAGCACCCGAGCAGCGUGGUGGUGCGCCGUAACGAACCCGUCACCCUCAACUGCGCCGCCUCGGGGGACGCAAGAAUUAGGUGGUUUCGUGACGGCGAGGAGGUGACCACCUCGCCACAGGACCCUCGCGCCCACCGCGUGCUGCUGCCCGCCGGCUCCCUCUUCUUCCUCCGCGUCACCGCCACCAGGAGGGAGAGCGACGCUGGCACCUACUGGUGCGUCGCCUCCAACAGAUACGGCGCCACGCGCUCCCGCAACGCCACCCUCACCGUGGCCACGCUGUCCUCCGAGUUCCAGAGCGUGCCGGAGCCCGCGGUGAAGGCCCGAGUCGGCGACUCCGUCAGCCUGCCCUGCCGGCCCCCCCGGGGCACUCCGCGGCCGGAGGUCACCUGGCUGAGGGACGGCCGCCAGGUGAGCGACUCGAGCCGCGUCCGGGUCACGGAGGACGGCGACCUGGUCAUCAGCCAGGCCGUGGAGAAGGACUCGGCGGUGUACGUGUGUCGCGCCCGCAACGCCGCCGGCAGCCGUGAGGCCCCGGCCACGACGCUGUCCGUCAUGACGCCGCCCUGGUUCGAGGAGCGGCCGGCCAACGUGACGGCGGCGUCGGGCGUGGUGGUGGAGCUGGCGUGCCGGGCGCGGGGAUCGCCGUCGCCCAAGGUCACGUGGCGGCGGCUGGACGGCAAGAUGCCGCUGGGGCGCGCCACGCUGGAGGAGCAGCGGCUGGUGCUGCAGGAGGUGGCGGCCGCGGACUCAGGCGUGUACAUGUGCGAGGCGGAGAGCGAGGCUGGCCGGGCCGCCGCGCGCGCCACGCUCACCGUCGUCGACGCCCCGGAGCUGACGCAGCGGCCACAGCACCUUCAGGUGAUGGCGGGCGAGGACGCGAGCGUCUCGUGCCGCGUGGAAGGUGAGCCUCGCCCGAUGGUGGUGUGGCGGCUGCCCACGUUGGACAGGACCGCCCUCCUUGCCCCCGGCCAGAGCAGCGGCCGCGCCUCCGUCAGCGAGGACGGGCACACGCUGCUGCUGCGCCAGACGGCCACCGAGGACAGCGGCACCUACUACUGCUGGGGCGUGAGCACUGGCGGCGGCGUGAGUGCCUGGGCGGAGGUGGUGGUGGUGCUGGCGCUGCCCCCGCCUGUGGUGGGCGUUGGGCCACAGGACCAGAAAGUGGCCCCUGGAGGCGUGGCGACCUUCCGCUGUGAGGUGGUGAGCGAGGCGGCCGAGGCGCGGGUCACCUGGCACUACCGGCCGGCCGCCCACCUGCCGGCACGCCCCCUCUCGCAGGGCGACGCCGCCCCCGAUCCCCGCCUGUCGCUUCCCGACAACGGCGCCCUCAUCAUCAAGGACGUGCGCCCGGAGGACGCCGGCAUCUACAGCUGCCACGUGGAGGCGUCGACAGGCAGCGUGGAGCAGAGCGCGGCGCUGCGCGUGUCAGAGGACGCGGGGGACGCCGAGCCGCUGCCACUGCUACCGGCGCCGCCCACCAAGCCGCGAGUGGUCGACGUGAACGGGACGGCGGUGCGGCUGAGUUGGCUGCCCAACUCGCAGGAGGGCGGCGAGUGGGCGCAGUGGUACUCGGUGGAGUACUGGCGGCGGGGCUGGUCGGAGUGGCGCGUGGCUGACGCCGUCACCACGCAGGAGUCGUGCGUCGUGGACCAGCUCGCCCCCGGACACACCUACACCUUCCUGGUGCGCGCCGUCAGCAGUCGUGGCGCCUCCUUCCCGAGCCCCUGGUCGGACCCGGUGACGGCGAGGCCGCGCCGCGAGUCUGGCCUCGACGCAGACCAGGUGCGUCAGGCCCGCCGCCGCCUCGGCCGACCCGUCCUCACCCUCAGCGGCGCCACGGCCACCGCGCCGGACAGCGUGUUGCUCACCUGGGAGUUCCUGGCCCCGAGCGAGGGCGCGGUGGAGGGCGUGCUAGUGUACUCGGUGGCAGAGGGCAACGGCGGCGGCGUGCAGGUGGCCACCGUGCUGGGCGCCGCCUCCUCCUCCUCCUCCCACGCGGUGCACGGCCUGCAGCCCUUCACACCCUACACCUUCUUCGUGGUGCCUUUCUGGCGCAGCGUCGAGGGCACGCCAUCCAACUCCUACUCCCUCACCACCCCCGAGGACGUGCCGCUGGAGGCGCCCGGCGACGUGCGCGUGGCUCACCGCGAUGAGGGCUCCGUCCUCAUCCAGUGGUCGGCCGUGGAGGGCGCAGCGGUCCGCGGGCGGCUGCUGGGCUACCGCGUGACGCUGAGCCACAACGGCAGCCACAGCACGCAGACGGUGGCCUCGCCCUGGCUGGAGGCGACCGGCUUGCAGCCCGGCCGCCUCUACACCGUGCGGGUGGCGGCGCUCACCAAGGCGGGGGCGGGGCCGUCCAGCGACCCCGUGCUGCUGGACACCCGCAGCCUCGAGGAGGCGCAGAAGGCUGGUGACGGUGGAGGGGGCUCGGUGCUGUACGCACCGCCCCAGCCCGCCUGGCUGGUUUACCUGCUGGUUCCCCUGGUGGUGGUGCUGUUCCUAGCCACGGUGCUGUACGUGAGAAGGCUGCGGCACAAGGCGCCGCCCUCCAACCCGCCUCACGCCCCCUCCCUGUACCAGGACCCGUCCCUCUGCCCCGACCACCACUCCGUCAACAUGUACAGCGAGCACAAGCUGUGGCGGCCCUCGGAGAGCGACAAAGACUCCAGCCUGUCCUCGACCCGCCUCCUGCGGCCCGACCAGCUGAACAACGAGUACGCGGAGCCGCGCGUGCAGCGGCCCAACGAGGCCACGGAGCCCUACGCCACCACGGCCCUGCUGGCGCCGCCCUCGCCCCACCUCAAGCAGGGCACGCCCUGGCGCCACCACAGCGACGACUCCGGCGUGCAGGUCAACUGGGCCGCCAUCCUGCCACCGCCCCCGACAUGCCCACCUCCUCCAGAUCUCGAUUUGGGUGACCCAUCGACUAAUAGCCCAUACAAGGGCACUCGAAAAGCUUCAUCACAGUACGACAAUAUGGGCGGCUCAGAGCAGUACGAGUGGCCCUGUGACGGAGCCUCAGAACACACCUAUGACGUGUACACGCAGGUGGCGCCGUGUAACCCUCGUGAGGGUCUCCUUACCUUCAGCACCCUGCAAGGACGAGGAGCAGGUGGUAGCAGUGCCGGAGCUGGAGUCGGUGCCACUGGAAGGAGAGUGCGUGUAGAUUGUCACCUUGUUCGGCCCGUUGAGCCUCCCCGCAGCAACACACACUAGAGAUGUUGUGAUGAGCCUCCGGCGGGACCUGAGGAUACAAGUGAUACUAAAGAUACGUGAUAUGGAUAACUUCGGUGCUGAGAGCAGCGGGUGUCAGCCUCUGGAACACCCUCGUGGUGUGGUGCUCCCGGCGGGACUCGGUGCUUCCACUCAGUCAGGAAGGCGCCGAGACGCUGCCGCUCUUCGUGGUGCCCCGUCCUGCCCCUCCGGACUCCUGAGGGGCCGUGACCUCUUUCCUCACUCUCCCCAAGCUUGCCAUUAUCACACCCUAACCAGAUCUUUCACGAUAAAAGAAAGCCUAUAAGCUCUAGGACACUAUAGUCACCGUACCACCCAAAGAGGAAGUCCUCCGCACCACGCCCUCAUCCAGUGAGAGUGAGACCCCAGCCUGCAAGCCGUUCCCUCCAUGCCCUAGUGAAUGAGAAGAGCCCCACGCCAGCGAGACGCCCUAGUUAGGCUUCACCGCCUCAGUAGUGCACACCCACCGUCUGCCCUCCCGCCACACUGUGAUAGCUCCCAUCCUACCCCCCAGCUCCCCUUCUUCCCCGCGCCCCGCAUCGCUAGUCACUUGUAUAUAUGUACAUACCAGAUUAUUUUUGUAUUAAAAUAUUCCUCUUUGCUGUUGAAA